GCUGGAAGGAACCUCACGUAGUCCAACAGCUUCUGCGGGCAAGAAGUGGACUGUACCGUGGAUUUCAGAGCAUCAGAGGUUAUUACCACGGUUCAUAUGGGAAGAAUACCGACGCGAAAUAGGGUUCCACCUGUUUGAAUAAAUCUGCGGGAUCUGAAAGAAGUUCUGAUGCUGAGAUAGUGGUGAGAUCUACUUCUUCAUAGAUCUGACUCCCUGAUCAGUCCAUGGAACCUUUGUGACUGCAGCAUUUAGUUCCACGUCGUCAAGAUGAUCACCACCCAGAGAUUAUAGUUCAUCCUUCCUCCAUUGGAGGGCCACUGUUAAGAGGGGAGGGGGAGGAUAAAGGAGCCUCCUGUCGUCAGAGAAAGAGCUUCAGAGCCUGCUGGUGAAAGCAAAGGGAACCAUGUAGUGUCUUUUUCUCCACUCAGGGGGGAGGGUAGAUUUGAGUUUAGUUUUUUUCCCCAUUGAUUUUAGUGUAAAAGUGUUUUAUUUGAGCCAGAGAAGAGAUGGUCCUCCACACCUCUCCCUACUCUAGUGCCUUCCUACGGUGCCUCAGCAGCCUGUCAUGGGGCUUCAUCUUCCCCUGCUACUGGCUGCUGGACCGCCUGCUGUCCUCCUGCGUGGCAACCUCUCUGGAGAAGCGUCGGCGCUCCCAGGACCCCUGCUCCUUCGUGACGCUGUAUGUGCUGGUGUCCACCCCGCUCUACCUGUUGCUCCUCCUGGCCUCGCUGCCCUUCGCUCUGCUGGGCUUCCUGCUGUGGGCUACCCUGCAGGCGGCCCGCCAUCCCUAUCUCUACACCUACCGCCGCCCAGACAAGCACCAGGCCGAGCAGGGGUGCGUGGCGUCACUGGCCGACUGGAGGCCGCAGGGCCGCAGCUUCUGCUUCGGCAGUUCCAACGUGUGCCUACUGCCAGACUCCCUGGCACGCUUCAACAACCUGUCUGAGACCCAGCGCCGUGCCCGCGAGGUGGGCAAGCGCAUCCGUAACGGGGCCAGCCGGCCGCAGAUCAAGAUAUACAUUGACUCCCCCACCAACACCUCCAUCAGCGCAACCUCCUUCAGCAGCCUGGUCACAGGGUUCCGACGGACAUCCUCCCUGGGCCAGCGGCCCGACAACACACCCGAGGCCGAGACCGAACCCGUAACCGACUGCCCAAUACACACUGCAGGUUCAGACUGCCCAAUACACACCACAGGUCCAAACUGCCCCAUACACUCAAAAGGGGACCAGGGCUCCUCAGAUUGUCCCGUCCAUGUAGCUGGUGGAGAGGACACACCAGAGUGCCCCCUUCACACUGCUGGUUCUCAGAACAACUCUGACUGUCCACUGCACACCACAGGGGCCCAGAACUCCCCAGACUGCCCCAUGCAUGCCUCGGGGGUCCAGAUCAGUAUCAGUGCCCCAGAGCCAGACACCCCAGAGGCAGGGAAUCACCAAGGGGAAGGUGAUGCAGAGAGCCUGACAGGGGGGGUGUCUUCUAACAACACCCUGUCCCACCGCACCUCCAUGUUCAAGAAGCACACGGGUCGCAAGCGGCGCCAAGGCGACGACGGAUUCGACCAUGAGAUCUCUGCCUUCUUCCCUGCCAACCUGGACUUCCUGUGUCUGCAGGAAGUGUUUGACCACCGGGCCAUGUCCAGGCUGAGGCAGCAGCUGCACCACUACUUCCCCUAUAUCCUGAGUGAUGUGGGCCGCUACGCCUGGAAGGGCUGCUGCUCCCGCUUCAAGUUCCUGAACAGCGGCGUCAUGAUGGCCAGCCGCUAUCCCAUACUGGACGCCCACUACGAGUGCUACCCCAACGGGCGAGGGGAAGACGCCCUCGCAGCGAAAGGAGUCCUCUUUGUCAAGGUGCAGGUAGGCACCUCCCAUCAGGAGCAAAGAGUUGUGGGAUAUCUCACCUGCACUCAUCUGCAUUCCAUUGAAGGAGAUGCAGCUGUGCGUUGUGAGCAGUUGGAUCUGCUCUUGGUGUGGGGGGCGGAGUUCCGCAAGAUGACGUCCCGCCCCUCGGAGGAGAAGGGUCUGGAGGACCAGGUGGCCUUUGAUGUUGUCCUCGGCGACCUCAAUUUCGACAACUGCUCCUCAGAGGAUAAACUGGAGCAGCAGCAUGCCGUCUUCACCCAGUACAAAGACCCAUGUCGCCUGGGGCCAGGGGAGGACAAGCCUUGGGCUCUGGGUACACUACUGGACACCAGUGGGCUUUAUGACGAGGAGGUCAGCUCACCAGAGAGUUUACAAAAAGUGAUGGAGAAUGAGGAGGGGAGGAAGGAAUACCUGGUGUUCCCCACCAAUAAAAACCACUGUCCUAAUCAGAAGGGCAGAAAAAUCCCCCUCAAAGGCAACGGGAGGAGGAUCGACUACAUCCUUUACAGAGAGGAGGUGCAGCAGGACUGGAAAGUGGACAUUGAAGAGUUCAGCUUCAUCACCCAGCUAGCCGGCCUCACUGACCACCUGUCUGUGGCCAUGCGUCUGGCUGUGUCCACGGGAGAGGAGGAACCUUAGAAUGGGGAGGGAAGAGAGAGAGAACGAAAGGGACUCAGGUCUGAGAAAUACAGAGCUUGACAAAGAAAAUAAAGAUGGAUGCAAAGAGGAAGAAAGAGAAGAGCAGAUACAGAGG